ACAAGAUGAACAUCCGCUGCGCCAAACCCGAAGAUCUGAUGAAUAUGCAGCACUGCAAUCUGCUGUGUCUGCCGGAAAACUACCAGAUGAAGUACUACUUCUACCACGGGCUGACAUGGCCCCAGGUCAGCUAUGUGGCCGAAGAUGACAAAGGUAACAUCGUUGGAUACGUGCUGGCCAAGAUGGAGGAGCCGGAACCGGGUGAGGAAAGUACGCACGGACACAUUACGUCGCUGGCAGUUAAACGCUCGUACCGUCGGCUGGGCCUUGCACAGAAGCUAAUGAACCAAGCAUCGAAAGCGAUGGUUGAAUGCUUUAACGCGCAGUACGUGUCGCUGCACGUACGCAAAUCGAAUCGGGCCGCACUGAACCUAUACACCAACUCGCUCGGCUUUAAGAUACUGGAAAUUGAACCGAAGUACUAUGCGGACGGGGAGGACGCUUACUCGAUGCGACGCGAUCUCUCCGAGCUGGUUAACAGUGGAGCGACGAACGAACGGCCACCGACGGAACCGAUACUUGAUGGAGACGAGCGGAUUAUAACGCACCAUCAGGUGGGUGGUCUAACGCACGCAGGACACGAUGGACAUUGUUGCUAG